UUGUCAGGUUGUCUAAUGAACCAAUCGAAUUUGACCACGAAGCCCAAGAGGUCAAGAUAUUUUACUUGGCGACUGCUACAAGCAGACAGUUUGGAAUUUCGAGGAUCAGUUCAAUUUCAGUGUUUGACGUGUUAGCAUUUGUGAUUACAUUCUUCUUUUCUUUGUGAACAGGACGUGGUAAUAUCUUUCAUAGGUGUAAAAAGGUUUUCAAAAAUGAAACUAGAAUUAAUUGGCCUUUUAUCGGUCAUGUGCCUUAUGUGGCACAGGGCUAAUGCUGCGGAUGAAGAGAAAGGAACGGUCAUUGGAAUCGACUUGGGAACCACGUAUUCAUGUGUGGGAGUUUACAGAAAUGGCAGAGUGGAGAUCAUCGCCAACGACCAGGGUAACCGUAUCACGCCGUCCUACGUGGCGUUCACCUACGAGGGCGAGCGAUUGAUCGGUGAUGCUGCCAAGAACCAGCUCACCACCAAUCCCGAAAACACCAUCUUCGAUGCCAAGCGUCUCAUUGGUCGAGAGUGGUCCGAUGCCACCGUACAGAGUGACAUCAAGUUCUUCCCAUUCAAGGUAUUGGAAAAGAACAGCAAACCCCACAUCCAGGUGAAGACCAGCCAAGGAAACAAGGUGUUCGCACCUGAGGAAGUGUCCGCCAUGGUGCUUGGAAAAAUGAAGGAAACUGCCGAAGCUUACUUAGGAAAGAAGGUGACUCACGCCGUGGUGACAGUGCCGGCCUACUUCAACGACGCCCAGCGUCAGGCGACCAAGGACGCGGGCACUAUUGCCGGUCUGAACGUGAUGCGAAUCAUCAACGAGCCGACUGCGGCCGCCAUUGCCUACGGUCUCGACAAGCGCGAGGGCGAGAAGAAUGUGCUCGUCUUUGACUUGGGUGGCGGCACUUUCGAUGUCUCCCUGCUCACCAUCGAUAACGGCGUUUUUGAGGUGGUUUCGACCAACGGAGACACCCAUCUGGGAGGCGAGGACUUUGACCAGCGUGUGAUGGACCACUUCAUCAAACUGUACAAGAAGAAGAAGGGUAAGGACAUCAGAAAGGACAACCGUUCCGUGCAGAAGCUGAGGCGAGAAGUGGAGAAGGCCAAGCGAGCUCUGUCCUCCAGCCAUCAAGUCAGGAUCGAAAUUGAAAGCUUCUACGAGAGCGACGACUUCUCUGAGACUCUCACCAGAGCCAAGUUCGAGGAAUUGAACAUGGACCUGUUCCGCUCGACCAUGAAGCCCGUACAGAAGGUUAUCGAGGACGCAGACAUGAACAAGAAGGACGUGAAUGAGAUUGUGUUGGUUGGCGGUAGCACGCGUAUCCCCAAGGUGCAGCAACUAGUCAAGGAAUUCUUCGGUGGCAAGGAGCCAUCCCGAGGUAUCAACCCGGACGAGGCUGUUGCUUACGGUGCGGCGGUUCAGGCCGGAGUUUUGUCCGGAGAGGAGAAGACCGACGCCAUUGUUCUGUUGGACGUGAACCCACUCACCAUGGGCAUUGAGACGGUCGGAGGAGUCAUGACCAAGCUCAUCCCCCGCAACACUGUCAUCCCCACCAAGAAGUCACAGAUUUUCUCCACAGCUUCCGACAACCAGCAUACUGUUACCAUUCAGGUGUACGAAGGAGAACGACCAAUGACCAAGGACAACCAUCUGCUUGGAAAGUUCGACCUGACUGGAAUUCCACCUGCACCAAGAGGCGUGCCCCAGAUUGAAGUCACAUUCGAAAUCGAUGCCAACGGUAUUCUACAGGUGUCAGCCGAGGACAAGGGUACAGGCAACCGGGAGAAGAUCGUGAUUACAAACGACCAGAACCGACUGACGCCCGAGGACAUUGAGCGCAUGAUCAAGGAUGCCGAACAGUUCGCCGACGACGACAAGAAGCUCAAGGAGCGCGUGGAGGCAAGGAACGAGCUCGAGUCAUACGCCUACUCGCUCAAGAACCAGUUGCAAGACAAGGAGAAGCUUGGCGCCAAGGUGAGCGAUUCCGACAAGACCAAGAUGGAAGAGGCAAUCGACGAGAAAAUCAAAUGGCUGGAAGAGCACCAGGAUGUGGACUCUGAAGAGUACAGGAAAGAGAAGAAGGAGCUGGAGGACAUUGUUCAGCCAAUCAUUGCAAAGCUGUACCAGGGUGCGGGAGGUCCCCCUCCCCCGGCCGGCGGUGCGGGCGACGACGAUCUCAAGGACGAGCUUUGAAGGCCCACUCCACAACACAAGACUGCUAAUAAACAUGAGCAUUUCAAGUGCAGUGAACCUCAUCGAAACACAAGUUUAGGUGACAAUUUGUCGUUUACGGAAACCAAGUUUCCUUUCAACUUCUCAUCAUCUAGUAUCAAUUAUUUGUUUUCGUUUGUUUGAUACUCAUUCCUGCCCCUCAUUCAAUCUUAAUUUAAGUAUUUCUCUCCUCAAGGGACACUCAAUUGAAAUGUUGAUUCUAGUAUUUUUUCUGGACUAUGCAUUUGGGAAAGCACAAUAAUUUGAAGGAGUGAUUUUGAAGAAGGAUUUCCAAACUGUUUGUCGAAAUUAGUCGCUGUUUCGAGAUCGACUGUGUGGUUCUGUAAAUAUUAUUAUUUAUUUUGUACAAAGUUUGGAAGAUACGGUUCGCGUGAAUGUUUAACUUGUGUGAGUGUGCAGAGUGCCGUGGAUACUUGUUCAUUUAAUUAUAAUGUAGCUUUAUUUUAUACAAGUAUGCGAGUGUUUGUAUGAACUGUUAAGCAGUAUUUGGGAAAACUGAACCAGAUCAUGUAUGUUGCAUAAUGAUUGAAAUACAUUUUCUAAAAAUAUAAAA